GCAUUGAUACGUUAAAAUCGGGAAAAGGUGAAGAGCCUGCUUCUGCAUUCAUAAGACAUGAAAUUGGUAUGUUCGUCAACAGAAGUGCAUAUAUGAGCCUGUCAAUUUAACUAAGCGAAACUUGAAAACGCUAAACAUAGACAUACACAGUGUAUAGAGUGACGAUGGUGCGCAAAUUUUUCCGCGAUGUUCUUUAUUUGAAGGAUAUUUUAAUUGUUGUGCUGACGCCUUUGAUUUUGUUGCCGUUUCUGCUAGUAGAUGGAGCAGGGGAGGUCGGAAAAUGUGCUUACUGCGUUUGUAUAAUGGCUAUCUUCUGGAUCACAGAGGCGCUUCCUAUUGCUGUGACGGCACUGAUUCCCGUGUUCCUCUUUCCAAUGGUUGGCAUUCUGUCUGUUAAAGACACGUCACACGAAUACAUCAAUGACACAAACAUGCUGUUUGUGGGCGGGCUGAUCGUUGCCGCCGCUAUUGAACACUGGAACAUCCACAGACGUCUUGCCCUAAAAAUCCUCCUCAAGGUUGGAUCUGAGGCGAAAUGGUUGAUGCUAGGUUUGAUGGGUCCGACAUGGUUUCUGUCAAUGUGGAUCAGUAACACCGCUACAGCCGCAAUGAUGGUGCCAAUAACGAACGCUAUCCUUAUGCAACUGAAGAACACAGAGGAUGAAUACAAAAACACUGAAGGCAUUUAUUUUUAUCACUGUCAACAAGGAUAA